CUGUAUUCAGAAGCUAGGAUUAUAGGAGCUCAUAAUAAAUUAACUUCGUUUAGGUAGAAUUUAUGACACCUCAUAUUUUUUUCUGGCGUGACCACUAACCAGUAAGUUUAAUUCCAGCAAAUAUAAAUUUCAAAAUGAAAUUCUUCGCCGUCUUCGCUGCCGUCCUGGCCCUCGCGGCCGCCGCGCCCACCACCCAAUGGACCCUCAACGAGCUGUCUGAGGCCAUCCAGAACCCGGCCACGCCCGCCGAGUUCCUGCCCUACCUCGAGCAUGCCCUUAACAACAUGAUGGAAAUGCUCUUCGCUGGCCAGCCUGUUGACUCCAUUGUCGUGCCCACCCCCGUCGGCCUCCUGCCCGUCGAGAUCGCCAACCCCGCCGUCGUGAUGCCCGUUGAAGUCGUCGAUACCCCCAUCGCCCCUGUCGCCCCCGGCGUCGUCGCUGAACCCAUCGUCCCCGCUGCCGUCAAUGACGCAUCUGGCAACCCCCUUGUACAGAUCAUCGUCAACAUCAACCAAGAGUCCCCCGCCGCCGUCGAGGUGCCCUCUCCCGUGGUCGUCCCUGAGGCUCCCGUUGAGAUCCAGCCCACCCCUGUGAUCGUCGUCGAUGAGGCUCCCGUUGAGAUCCAGCCCACCCCCGUGAUCGUCGUCGAUGAGGCGCCCGCCGAGAUCGCCCCUACCCCCGUUGAGAUCGUGCCCGCUCCUAUUGAGGUCGUUCCCGCUCCUACUCCUAUUGAGAUCGCGCCCGCUCCUGAGAACCCCAUUGACGUGAUCGCCGUCGAGACCCCCAUCCCGGCCCCUGAGCCCAUCGUCAUCGCCCCCGAGAACCCCAUCGACGUGAUCGCCGUCGGUGCCCCCGAAGUCAACCCCGCUGAUCUGCUCGCGCCCGUGCCCGUCGUCGUCGCCGGCGAUGCUGAGGGAGACCGCGUCCUUUCUACUGGCAUCGAGGAUGCCAACACCAAGGCGCCCUGCAAGAAGGUCCUAGAAGGAGUCCUUAACGAUUUCAUGGAUCUCGCGUAUGGAAAGGAGACACCCUACACCACUGGAAAAACUGUUCUCCCCACAGGAUCUACCAUUGAAGAUGUAGAUAAGGCAAUCGCUGAUGGCACCACAAAGAAGCCUUACAAAGAUGUCUUCAUCAGAAUCUCUGAAAAAGUUAAGAGUAAGCAAAACACCAUGAAACUUCUAUUGUUGACUUUGUUCGUUGCGGUGGGCUUCGCCAACCCCAUUCCCACGGAUCCCUACGGAGAUGCUGUGGAAGUGGUUGUCAACGGCCUAGCCGAGGGCGAAGCUUUGGACAUCGGGCAUAUCGUCGACGUCAAAGUGAAGGAAAUCGUGGAUGGUGAGGUUGCCGCCGUCGCUAACGCUCUCCAUCCAUUCACCGCCCAAGGUCUAGCCGAGGCUGCCGCCGCCGCCGAAGCUGAACAAGCUGCUGCAGUGCCUGAAAUUACUGAGCCUGUUGCCCCUGAGGUCCCUGAGGUUAUCGUGCUGCCGGAGCCUGGUUCUCCUGAGGUGGUGCCGGAGCCCGUAGUUAUACCUGAGCCCGCUGUCCCUGAGGUUAUCCCUGCCCCCAUCGUGCUGCCUGAGCCUGCUACACCUGAGGUGGCUCCUGAGCCCAUUGUCCUGCCCGAGCCCGCUGCCCCUGAGGUCAUCCCUGACCCAAUCGUGUUGCCUGAGCCCGCUGCCCCUGAAGUUGCCCCCGAAAUUGCCCCGGAACCAGUUGCGGUCGUUGAGCUCCCCGAGGUUGCCGACACUCCCCAGGUCAACGGCGAGAUCUUUAACAACGGCGUCGUUUCCAUCACCGUGAACACGCCCGAGGAUACUGGUGUCAUCGCCACGCUCUCCUCUUGGGUCAGCAUGAUGGUUAACUACGUCCACAGCGGAAUUACGUACACUCAGCAACUCAUCUAAACAUUCAUAUAAUAUCCGUCACACUACGAACUGUUUUUAACCAUUAUGUUGACUUUAAGUUCCGAUACAUGAAUUCGACGGAUA